AUGGAAAUUGGGUUUGCAGGAAUUAGUAUUAAAGAUAUUUCUCAACCCAUGGGCUAUAAAGAAAGCAUUGGUUUUCAUUACUACUUCAAGGUUGAAAAAGUGUUUGACAUUUUUGAAGAAUAUAACAAACCGUCUCAACCACCAUCUAAAAAUGAUAGUGAUCAAAAUAACACGGGUAAUAUCAAAGAGAAAAAAGAUGCUGCUGAACGAUUUGCUUAG